UUCUCUGUUAUCCAUCUUUAAAAGUCAUGAUGCUCUUCCUGCUGGACUCCUGAGAGGAAUUUCCCAUUGGCCUCACAGAAGUGUACAAAAGUACAACAUCCUUGGUGGUGCCAUAGCACAUGGAUUUCAGGACUGCCUGUGAGGAGACAAAGACAGGGAUUUGUUUGCUGCAGGAUGGUAAUCAGGAACCUUUCAAAGUCCGGCUGCACCUAGCCAAAGAUAUUUUGAUGAUUCAAGAGCAGGAUGUGAUAUGUGUGUCUGGUGAGCCUUUCUAUUCUGGUGAGAGAACAGUGACCAUUAGAAGACAGACUGUAGGAGGAUUUGGAUUAAGCAUAAAGGGGGGAGCAGAACAUAAUAUUCCAGUUGUUGUUUCAAAAAUAUCCAAGGAGCAACGAGCGGAACUUUCAGGACUACUCUUUAUCGGGGAUGCAAUUUUACAGAUAAAUGGAAUUAAUGUGAGAAAAUGCAAACAUGAAGAAGUGGUCCAAGUUCUUCGGAAUGCUGGGGAAGAAGUAACGCUAACAGUGUCAUUUUUAAAAAGAGCACCUGCUUUCCUCAAACUCCCACUGAAUGAAGAUUGUGCAUGUGCUCCAAGUGACCAGAGCAGUGGCACCUCUUCUCCUCUUUGUGACAGUGGUUUGCAUCUCAACUAUCAUCCCAACAAUACAGACACCUUAUCGUGUUCCUCAUGGCCAACAUCUCCAGGUUUGAGGUGGGAAAAGCGAUGGUGUGACCUUAGACUGAUCCCUCUACUUCAUUCACGCUUCUCUCAGUAUUUGCCUGGGACAGACUUGAGUAGGCAGAAUGCUUUUCAAGUCAUUGCUGUGGAUGGGGUUUGCAGUGGGAUUAUUCAGUGCCUCUCUGCUGAAGACUGUGCUGAUUGGCUACAAGCAAUAGCAACUAAUAUUUCCAACCUCACAAAGCACAAUAUUAAAAAAAUCAACAGAAACUUUCCAGUAAACCAGCAGAUAGUCUAUAUGGGCUGGUGUGAAGUACGGGAGCAGGACCCCCUUCAAGAUCGAGUAUAUUCUCCCACAUUUCUAGCCCUAAGGGGCUCUUGUCUUUACAAAUUCCUGGCACCUCCAGUAACCACCUGGGACUGGACCAGAGCAGAGAAAACAUUUUCAGUCUAUGAGAUUAUGUGCAAGAUUCUCAAGGACAGUGAUCUGCUGGACCGAAGGAAACACUGUUUCACUGUGCAGUCUGAGUCUGGGGAGGACCUCUACUUCUCUGUGGAGUUAGACUGUGACCUUGCUCAGUGGGAGAGAGCCUUCCAAACAGCAACCUUUUUAGAAGUGGAAAGGAUACAGUGCAAGACGUAUGCCUGUGUGCUAGAAAGUCAUCUAAUGGGACUCACAAUUGACUUCAGCACAGGAUUUAUCUGCUUUGAUGCUGCAACCAAGGCUGUACUUUGGAGGUAUAAAUUUUCUCAACUUAAGGGUUCUUCAGAUGAUGGCAAGAGCAAAAUAAAAUUUUUGUUUCAGAAUCCAGAUACCAAGCAGAUUGAAGCAAAGGAGCUGGAAUUUUCAAAUCUAUUUGCUGUUCUUCACUGCAUUCAUUCAUUCUUUGCAGCCAAAGUAGCUUGCUUAGACCCCCUCUUUUUAGGAAAUCAGGCCACCACUUCUGCUGCUGCCAGUUCUGCUACUACAAGCAAAACAAAAUACACAACUUGACAUACUGGUUUUGCAUUGACUCUUACCCUGACUAUAUGAACAGAAUAUACGUUUAUCAAUUUAGACCCUAGGGAAACCAUAAUAUGCACAUGCACAGGAAGUCAAAUUGAAAUUACAACAGAUAAAAGAAGAUCAUAGAGAUCGCAAAGAACUUUUAGUCGGAAGACAUCUGUGAACCACCCUAAAUGAACAGAACAGCUUGUUCUUACACGGUUUAUUUGUACCAGUACUCUGAACUUAUCAAAAGUGAAGAUAGAAGAAGAAUGCAUUACUCAAAGUAUGUAAAUAAUAUAAAAAUUGUAAGCUACCUAUAAAUAAAACUACGAAUUGUUAUUUCUUUAUUUUAGAUUAUUUUGUACCACAGAUCUAUGUUGGGUGAGAUCAUAAACUUAUACCCUAUCAUUGUACUCCAAGUGGUGUAAAGGAGAU